UUGAAACUUUAUUAAGUGAAUUUCCACCACGAAAAUGAAGAACUUACUCUUUUGUGUAGUAGCUUUGGCGACACUUUGUGACUGCUUGCAAUUUCAUGUUGAAGCUUCUAGUUUCAAAAAAUGCGAUAAGAGACGAAGCGAUUUCAACGACUGUUUAAGUGACGUAGUUUACAACAGUCUUAAAGUACUCGACAAACCUCUGAAAUCGCAUGGUUUACCAGGAUUGUAUGAUGUUGAAUUUCCACCAGAUGUUGUGGUAGAAAUCGGAAACAGCACGUAUGGAUUAUUGCAAAAAUUUGCUAAAUUCAGGCUGACUGGUCUUUCGAAGCCCCAAGGUGUAAAAGCCAGGUUAGAUUUUGGGCCUCUAACUAGUACUUUAACAAUAGACGUUUCUUACUCUGAACUGACAUGGGGAGUCGACUACGAAGCCCAAGGUACUGCGGUUCUUCUGCCUUUAAAUGUUGUAACACCUGUGGAACUUAUUAUGUACAAUCCGACGUUUAGUUUUACAAUUAAACUGGAAGAAUACGAUAAAGGUACCACCUACUUUAGAGUGAUUGAUUCUGAAUUCGAUAUGAAGACAGCAGACCGUUUCAAAUUCGAAUUUAAACAAUUAUUUUCCAACAGACGUCUCAAUGAUGAAUUUAACUCCGCACUAUCUGAAAAAGGGUUGCAAGUUUUACAUACUUUUAAACAUUUACAAGUGGUAUUUGCACCUCGUUUUGGUUCUAUUUUCAACAGUUUCCUGGAGAAAGUACCAGUUGCUGAGCUUUUUGAAGAUUAGAUAUUUAGGUCGAAGAAAAAUAUAUAGUUAUGUUUUGUGCUUACGCUAAUUUGCGGACAUAGUUUUUAUUGAUAAUAAAGUUUAUGGGUUUGGAAUGUU